AUGGCUGGGAGCUCCAGAGCUUGCUGGCGUUUGCCAAUGAGCACUGCCUCAGCCAAGCGCACCACCGCGGGAAGUGCUGCUCCACCUGCCCCUGGCGCCGUUGCAGAACAGCGGGUUGCCUGCGGACAAUUCCUCGUCAGCCGAAGCAUUGCGCACUCGGCCGCCCGCAGGGCAAGCAUAUCCGGCUCUGCCAGCGUUGCUUAUGCGGACAUCAGCAGCAUUUGCGCACUGCGCCGGGCGUCGAGGGAGUUGAAUGCGCGACGUCAUCGUGUGCGCUGGCUUGACAAGCCAAUCUUGCUUCGUCGAUCAUCGAUCGCACGGCCCCGCCAGCACCCGCCAACGAAACCGCCAACGAAACCACCAACCACCGCGCAGCAUCACGUCUGA